CGGUGAGUCAACUUACAAACAGAGAGAGUAUCUUAUCUUAUCUUCCAGUUCCAGCAACUGCAUUCAAUUACUCUCUCCAGUUUCCCUCUUUGAUCGUCUUCCCAACUUCUCAGGUCUCUCUCUCUCAAUUGCUGGAUAUAAAAGCAAAAUCCGAAGAUUGUAAUCAAGGUGGGAAAAAAAUGGCGGGAAAAGGAGGAAAGGGGCUUGUGGCGGGAAAGACAACAGCAGCAGCUGCAAACAAAGAGAAGGAGAAGGACAAGAAGAGGCCUAUUUCUCGCUCUUCCCGAGCUGGUCUCCAGUUCCCGGUAGGAAGGAUCCACCGCCAGCUGAAAUCAAGGACUGCUGCUAAUGGUAGAGUUGGGGCCACAGCUGCCGUUUACUCUGCUGCAAUUCUUGAAUAUCUGACCGCUGAGGUACUUGAGCUGGCAGGGAACGCAAGCAAAGAUCUGAAAGUGAAGAGAAUCACACCAAGGCAUCUGCAAUUGGCCAUCAGAGGGGAUGAGGAACUCGACACUCUCAUCAAAGGAACUAUUGCUGGAGGUGGUGUCAUCCCUCACAUUCACAAAUCCCUCAUUAACAAAACCACUAAAGAUUGAGGUUUUUGUGUGUUUGAUCAUUGUAUGGCCUUUUAACUUAUAACUUAUUACUAUGUUUAUUUUAUGACCUAGGCUUUUGGGUACCAUAGACUUGAUUUUGCAUUUUUGUAAUGCUUGCUUAGAGAGCAUCCAUGUUAGUAUAUAGUGGUUGCUUUUUCUGAUACUGUAGUAACUAGUAUAUCUCUGUUUAGGAAGAAAUAUUGAAUAUUUUUAGAACUUUGUUUUGCUCAUGUAGUUGGUGUGGUUCUCAUGUGUUUAGUAACUCUGUUUUGAAUAGGUUUGUAAAUCACAUUUGAUAUGGUUGGAUUUUGAAGUCAUCAUUUGUA